GUGGAAAUUUUCCAUACUUUGCUACAUGGAUAUGUAGGUGCCAAUUACAUAGAGCGCAUGCUAGCAGCUACCAGUGGAAUAGAACCCUAAUGUGGAAUCCCUUGUUUGCCUCUUCAUCUCAUACAUAUUCCUUCAUCUUUCCAUCAUUCAGCACCUCUUUUACAUAAAAUUCAGCUUAGCAGUGUGUUUUCUUGUAUCAUGGGAGAGCAGAAUCAGCCAAAUUCCCUAGAAACACAAUGGGCAUUUCUUGGAAAUACAAAUGAUUCUUAUUAUCUUGCGGGCCAUGAACUUAACAAGCAAUACAUGGCUGGAGUUGGAAUUGAUGGGAUCCAUUAUGUUCCUGUGCCUUCACCUCAGUGGAUCCAUGACCAGCAAACACCACAUAAUUAUGUAGAAUAUCUUGCAGAGAAUGUGGUCUCUGAGGUUCAAGUAGAUGCUUCGGCAGAAGCUUCUGCUUUCAGACUAGUCGAGGGCUCUGCUGACAUGAUUUCUCAGGAGUUAAGAGAUUCGAGGCCUUAUUAUGAAGGAGUGCCACCCAACCGUUUAAUUGGCUCAGAACAUCAACGAGGUGCCUUGACAUGGGAGCCAAGAGGAAAUGUCAGGCAUGCUUCUGGACCUUGCUCUGAAACAUCAGCUGCUGGGUCAUUGUAUCCUUCCAAAAGCUCUAGAAAAGCAAGAGCUGCAUUAUCUGAUCGGCAUCGCAGGAUGAAAAUUGCUGAAAGAAUAGAUGCAUUGGGAGAACUAUUUCCAUGCUCUAAACAGGGUGGAAAAGCAUCUCAAAUGGAUGAAAUUAUUGAUCAUAUCAAAUAUCUGCAGUUCCAAAUGAAGGAUCUCAGUAGGAGCAGAUUGGGUGGUGAACCUACUUCUAUCCCGUUUGUAUUUCUUGAGGGGUGUGGGCAUUAUAUUCUUGAUGAAAAACAGAUUGAACCUCUGGAAGACACAAUGGGCAAGUUGCUGGAAGUGAAUCCUUCAAUGGCAACCCAAUUGCUGGAGAGCAAGGGCCUAUUUGUGAUGCCUAUGGCUCUGGCAGACGGACUGCAUCAUCAUGAGUAGAAACUGAAAAAAACAGCUUUGCAGUUAGUGUUCAAGAUCAUGUGGCAUCAUCAAUUUGUCGUCGUCGUCGUCCUCCUAAUACUGGCGUUCAAGAGACAAUUGUUAGUCCCUUGGUACCAAAAAACAGCGCACUGGUUCUCGAUCAGAAUGUGACACGAGAACAAAGAAAAAUGUUGAUCUAAGAAAUAAUUAGCGAGCUAAUAGCAGCAUUGAUGCCAAUUUCAUUUGACAAGCAGCGGUUUAUUUUUGAAGAAGUACACAAAUGAAGAAGAAAACACAAGAUUAAUGAAAGUUUGAAGCCAACUUUUCUUGCCAUUCGUGAAAAAUACGGAGAUAUUACAGAAGAUUGUCCUCUGGAGUUUGGUUAUGCUAUGCUUAAUUUUUCCCUAGAAGUAAUAUGUACGCUUGUCCAAGAACUCGAAAGAAAACAUUUGUAAUUCAGAGGGUUAAACUAGUUCACUUUUGAGAGUAAAAAAAAGAGAUCCUUAUAUAGGCCUUCUUAACUGUCAGCUGGCACCCCACUCUCUGUCAAUUCUUCCAUGAAAGUAAUUCCUUCCAUUUUUGUAAAUUUUGUUCUAUUUAAAAUUACAUGUACCAUCUGUUAAAUCAUUUUUUUAUUUC